AUGGCCCCAACCCUAUUCAUCAUCUUCUUCAGCAUCAUGCUACAGCAGGCAUCAGCAGAUGGAAGAUAUGCUCAAAUGCUGUUUAAGAGUUUAUUUGAAGAUUAUACCGAUGCUCUCAGGCCUGUGGAAGAUACAGAUCUAGCCUUGAACAUCACUUUGAAAAUCACCCUUUCUCAAAUUAAAGAUGUGGAUGAAAGGAACCAAAUUUUGACAGCUUACCUUUGGAUCCGACAAAUCUGGUUUGAUGCUUUCCUCAAGUGGGACCGUGACAAAUAUGAUGGGCUUGAUGCUAUCCGAAUACCCAGUAGCUUUGUGUGGAGACCCGAUAUUGUUCUAUAUAACAAAGCUGAUGAUGAGUCUACAGGAUCCAUGGAGACAAACGUGGUAUUAAGAUAUGAUGGGCAGAUUACUUGGGAUUCUCCAGCGAUUACAAAGAGCUCAUGUGUAGUGGAUGUGGCCUACUUCCCAUUCGAUGAUCAGAGGUGCAACCUUACAUUUGGCUCUUGGACCUACAAUGGAAAUCAGGUCGACAUCAUUAAUGGACUUGACAGUGGAGAUCUAACUGAUUUUGUGGAAAAUGUGGAAUGGGAAGUCCAUGGAAUGCCAGCAACAAAAAAUAUAAUAACAUAUGGGUGUUGUUCAGAUCCUUACCCAGAUAUUACCUACACAUUAAUCCUCAAAAGGAGGUCUUCAUUUUACAUUUUUAACUUAUUGAUCCCAUGUGUAAUGAUCUCAUUCCUAGCACCAUUAGGAUUUUACCUACCAGCUGAUUCUGGAGAGAAGGUGUCUCUUGGUGUGACUGUGCUCCUGGCACUGACUGUGUUUCAGCUGAUGGUCGCAGAAAGCAUGCCUCCAUCUGAAAGUGUUCCAUUAAUCGGUAAAUACUACAUAGCAACAAUGACAAUGAUCACUGCCUCGACUGCACUAACAAUUUUCAUCAUGAAUAUUCAUCACUGUGGGCCAGAAGCGAAACCAGUUCCAAAGUGGGCGAAAGUGAUUAUAUUACAGUACAUGUCAAAGAUAUUUUUUGUGUAUGACAUUGGUGAAACCUGCACAGUGGUGCAAAAGAAAAAUGGAAAGAAUCACUAUACAUUACAGAUGGAUAAUUCCAAAACAAAUGGAAAAUUUGGAAAAGAUUGCGAUUUGACACUAAAUGCUCACCUUUCUAAAAUGUACCCCAACUCAGUAAGUAUAGGUGGUAGUUGUGUAAGUGAAGAGGAUCUAAACAUGUCCUGUUGUUUCUGCUAUUUACAUUGUGGCAGGGUGGCAAAAAAUAUUGAAUUUAUAGCCAAUUGCUUCAGAGAGCAAAAAGCAACCAAUGCUAAAUCUGCUGAGUGGAAGAAAGUGGCUAAAGUAAUGGAUCGUUUCUUCAUGUGGAUUUUCUUUGUCAUGGUAUUUUUCAUGAGCAUUUUAAUUGUAGGAAAGGCAACAUAA